AUGAGUCUUCACGAGCUCCCGACCCUGCGAGAACCUCUCAUUAAGGAUGAGAGGGAUGUCUUCCUGGAUUCGGACUCAAACGAUGACUCUCUCAGUCUCGCAAGACAGUCCCUUCGGCAACUGCCUCGACGGCUGCUUGCCAAAGCCGCCUCCAAGGCCACGCCAGCGAACGCCUUCAAGGCCGGUAAACGAUUCGCCUACUGCUUCGCUCCCCAAUUUGUGCGCUCUCGCUACUUUAAUGACCAUGCUUCCAAGCCAAAACAGUUCUCUACCAGCUACCUGAACGGCCUCCGAGGUAUCACAUCGAUCAAAGUGUUCACCUUCCACUAUGUGUUCGCAUACACGGAUAUCUGCUUUCAACCGUGGGGAACUGAUGACCGCCAUCAUUACCUCCUCGAACUACCCAUCAUCCGCUACUUCUAUGCAGGCUUCACUGCUCACCUCUUCUUCGGCAUCGCCGGUUACCUGACCUCCUUCCGCCUAUUUCAACUGCUCGACCAGAACGAUCAGACCUCCCAAUCGAAAGUUCUGAAGACAGUCUCGGGCGCCCUGUUUCGCCGAGCGCUCCGACUCUACUUGCCGGUUCUUGUUGUCACGCUCAUCACUGCUCAUUACAUCCACUUCGGGUUCUACGAGACCAAUCGACCAUUCAUUGCGGAUCACGAAAAGCUCUUCCCUGGAGAGUGGAACGAGCCGAAGCCGGAGAUGUUUGCCAGCUACUACGUCCAAAUCAGAUAUUGGAUGCGCGAAAUGUUCGACUUGACAAACAUCUUCGAACCUGGCGCCGUGUAUCCUUACCAUGACCAGCAUCUGUGGUCGAUCCUGGCCGAGCUCAAGGGUUCUCUUUGCACAUACAUGGUCUUGAUGGGUACGGCACAGUGCCAGAAAUACGUGCGACUUGCCGCGCUGCUCAUCAUGACCUACAUGUUCUUCCUCUGGAAUCAUUGGGAAGUCUGGGUCUACAUUCUCGGCGCCGUCGUGGCACAGAUCGACCUGCUCCUCACGGAAAGGGAGCAGGAAAAGAAGCUCACGUUGGCGCCCGACCGCCACCUGCCGCCUUCACCACCGCAUUCGCCGAAACCCGACCACAAACCGCCUCCAGCCACGUGGACAGAUUACUUCGCGACUCAUCAACUCCCCACCCCGGCAAGCGCAUGGCUCUACCGCAUCAGCCGCGUCUUGGGAUUCCUCGUGGCUUUCUACCUGCUCUCCUACCCGAUCGAUGGCUGGAAAGACUACGCGCCCGGGUACAUGACGCUGAACAAGCUCAUCCCGCACUGGAUGGACCGCAAGGACAAGUUCUUUCCCAACAUCGGCACCGCGAUCCUCGUCCUUCUGCUCGCCCGGUCCGACCCGGUGACGUCGAAAUGGCGCCGACUCCUCAACACGGACAUGGCUCAAUAUUUGGGCAAAAUCAGCUUCGCACUGUACUUGGUUCAUGGGCCCAUUUUGCACGCGAUUGGUUACAUGAUCCCGCAUCGGAUAUGGUGGUUCAUGGGCACCCAGAUGGCCGACACCGGCGACUACACCUGGGCGGCCACGAUCUUGGUCGGCUGGUCCAUCAGCGUGACCUUGUCCCUGUGGGCGGCCGACGUGUGGACUCGGGAGGUGGAGAGCCGAUGCGUCAAGUUUGUCAAGAAAUUGGAGGACCUUUGCUUUGCCAAGGCGUGA